UUAGUUUAAAAAAAGGAUCACAAAAAUGAGGUCAAUUUUAGUUUUCGGUUUGUUGUUUGGAAUCUUCGUUCUAUCUGUUUACAGUGAAAAGUCUGCUGAGGAUAGCUCCAAGAACGAACUUCCCACAGUAAAAUCUCAACCAGCUGCAACAGGUUCCGAGAAAAAAAGUGGUAAAACCACAGAAUUGAACGUUACACCUGAUAAAACUGCAAAAAAACCAGCAUCUAUAUCAGCAGCUACACCAGCCAAACCGUGAUGGAUUAAUUUGUAAAGUUUGUUGAAAAGUGCAUUUUUGAUGGUGAAAUCAAUGAAAAUUUUAAUUGAGAGUUUAAUUGUUAAAAUAAAAUUAAACAUUGAAUAAAUUGCAGAU